CUGUCUUAGCUAAUGCAGCCAGUUGUAAAAACGCGUCAAUAACUGGUUAACUCCUUUGAUUGAUUUUCCUUUUGAAAAGGUUAUCCAACUGAAAUAAGAAUCAGGGGUUGAUCCUGCACUUUCACUUCGUUUUCCCACGUUGGGUGGAACACAGGGAUAAUUGUUACAUGCAGAACCAUGAAGGUUAACAGAGCCGCUCAUGUCAAGGUUCCUGCGAGCUCCACCAAAUGGAAGGACGCAAAGGGGAGACGGUUCAGAGCUCCCAUCAUUUCCUCAAAUCUUAACUCUAGUCAUGUCAUGGCUAAGGUGAUAAAAGAACAUCAAACCGUUGUAAAGAAGAAAUCUCAUCUCAAGAGACUGAAGAAGAAACACAAGUCGGUUUCUGGGUCUAACAAAGCCAUUCAAACCCAGUCUGGAUUCAAGAAGUCCUGUGCCAAUACUAAUGGGAAUUCAACACAGAUGGCUGAUGUUGAGUCAGAUGAAUCACAAGACUGGAGUGCCUAUGCUCGAUCCAUUCUCGAGAAUGGGUUGGAGACAUCAGAUGGAAUGGAGACUUUGAGCUCAAUGAGAUUGGAGGGAGAGUCUUUACAUCACUGUGCACAGAGAGAUGAUCGGCAUAAUCACGCAGUCCUGGUCAUGCAGAAGAGUCAGACCCUGUGUUUCCGGGGGAAGUGCCUUUUGACCUGCCUUUAUGGUCGAGUUGAGGUUAUGGGUUUUACCAUCGAAGAGGGACAGCAGUCAUAUCCACUGUUUUCUCCCGCGUCCCAUUGCCCUGUGACCAUCAUUGCACUGGGGAGCGCUGAUGGCAUUAGAGAUGAGGAAAUGGAGGUCACGGCAAUCCUUCGCAAGUAUCUUAACCCAGCAUCACGUAAGAAGCUAGUGAGAAGUAUAAGCAUGAACUCCUCUCUGAUUCUCUUGGAACCAAUGGAGACCCCUUUGACACGAUUUCUGUACAAUUUCACAGAUCUCAGUGAAUUAUUCAGCCCCACAGUGAGUGAACUCAUGUCUGCUGUGCUAGACACUCCAUUAAAUGGUUUGGGUGUUAUUCCACUGUCCAGCACAGUUGUAGGCCUCAACUUGUCACAGAGUUACAGAGAUGCUGUCAAUUCAGUAGUUAGUGCUUGCAGAGGAGACACAGAAGGCUGUGCAGUUAUCCUUGUUUAUGGAACAAAGAAUGUCGGGAAAUCAACAUUUAUCCGCAUCCUCAUCAAUACAUUACUUAAUCACACUACUUGUAUAGAUUACUUAGAAGGUGACCUAGGCCAAACAGAAUUUACCCCUGCAGGCUGUCUCUCCUUAUCUACUGUCAAAGAGCCACUUUUGGGUCCUCCUUUCACACAUCAGCGUACACCAGAGCACAUGAUCUACUAUGGUCAGACGUCAAGCGAGUCUGACUUGGACCGUUACCUGGAGUCCCUCAAGUCUUUGUGGCACCGGCGCCCCCCAAGCAGAGAGACCCCCAUCAUCAUCAACACCAUGGGCUGGGUCAAAGGUUUUGGAUAUCAGCUGCUAGUGGACAUGAUCCGCCUCUUCCCAGUCUCACAUGUAGUGCAACUCGGCCAUAGUGGGUCCACCCAUUGUCCUUCACUCACUCCAGAAUUUUUGAGGACAGCACAUGGGUACCAGACACACCCACCUGCUCCAACUGCUCUGGACGAGUUUACAGAAAGCCACAGUACCCCUAGAAGUUAUGUUCACAUCAUUGCACAGGCAGAGUUUCAAGGAGUUGGAUGCCAAGGGACAGCGAAACACCAGCGCAGCAAUGAACUCAGAGAAUUAUCACUGCUUGCCUACUUAAGUCAGCUACAGUCUCCCGAUCCGGGCCCUGUUAGACCUCUACACUGCCUCAUCCCCUACCAGGUUCCUCAGUCAGCAGUGGCUGUUGGUGUGACCCAUUGUAAGGUGGCUCCAAGUCAUAUGCUUUAUGCUGCCAAUUCCAGUCUGGUGGGGCUGUGCUGCCUUGCAGAGAAAGUAACAAGCACAGGAGGCCCCGCUAUACUCUCCCAGGCACCCACCUGCCCAUGUGUCGGCUUUGGUGUGCUUCGAGGCAUUGACAUGGCACGCGGCUUGUACUUCCUGUUGACCCCUGUAGAUCCCUCCAUCCUCCGUAAAGUCAAUUGUCUUCUCCUGGGAGCUAUUUCGCUACCCUCCCGCAUCCUCACAACACAGCCUGGCUUUGAUGGAGACACACCAUAUGUCACUACGCACUACAGUUUUGACCUCGCUGGGGCAGGGAAGAUGCGUAUCUUCAAAGGAUUGACAAGGCCUGGUCAAAUCGGGAAUCACUGACCAUUGGUAAACAUCAGAUAUUGUUUUCUCCUUUAUCCUUAUUCACUGGAUUUUAACAUCAAACUAAGAUUGGGCCUUCAAUGUACAGAACUGAGAGGGAGGGUGGAGCAUUUAAAAAAAUUUUUUUUUUUCUACAAUGCUCAGUGAAACCCUGAGUGGCCAGCUUUACAGACUGUUUGGCCAUAGUUGUCUAGAUGGCCAUAGUCAUGGAGGUUGGCAUGUCUCUCUCCAUCAAUGGACUUCAUUCUGACAAAUCUAGCUGUGCUGACCAUAACCAGUACCCCAUUGAGUAGUUUUUUUCAGCAGUAAAUGCAAAUUUGAGUUUCAAUGUUUUGUAUCAAAUGGACAAUAACACCAUAACUUGCCACUAAAGCUCUUUUUAAUCUUUUUUUCUGGGUAGCUGACAUUCCCAAGCCAAACUGAACAAAAAUGUUUAAACGUUGGGCGUUUUUCUUGUCAUUGUCAAGACUGACCUGAUUUAAAUAAAGUUAUUACU